AGAUGUUAACCAAAAGAAAUCUCCGAAAGUCCCCUCUCUUUUCCUCCUCCACCUACCAAUUAAUUAAUAUAUGCAAUGGAGUAGGUCAGCAGAAGAUAUAUAGUUUUUGUAAACUAUCUUCUGCGGAAUCCCCAAAGAACACAACCAAAAGCAAGUUGGUGAUGUCGCCAAAUUCAACUCUUUUAAUGAAAGCCAAGUGCGUUUCCAGCUGGAGCUCUUUAAAUUAUUUGGCUCAAUAAUCUUCAAAAUAUCCUCAUUUCAAAUUUCUGCUAAAUUUAGAGACAAACCAGAACGGAAAAAUGGCGAGGGCAUGCGUUCUACCUUCCGCUUACUGUCUUGCAAGCACAAGAGAUUUUGUGUCUCUGAACGGUAAUAUUGCUGUCUGUGUUUCUAUCAAAUUUCCUGGUAGAAGGUUCUCAGUGAAAUGCACCAUGGCUGAAGUUGCUGGUGAGAGCGCGUCGCCUUCUGCUCAGACGCCUCGCAGAGUUGUUGGGAGAGGUUCCAAAUUGAUAGGUUCUGGUUCAGCAGUGCCGAAACUUCUUGUUUCUAAUGACGAUCUUUCCAAAUUGGUUGAGACUUCAGAUGAAUGGAUCUCUGUUCGUACAGGGAUUCGCAAUCGCCGAAUUCUUUCAGGUGAUGAAACACUGACUAGUCUUGCUGUAGAGUCUUCCAGAAAAGCUCUUGAAAUGGCCAAAGUCAAGCCUGAAGAUGUUCACUUGGUUUUGAUGUGCACUUCUAGCCCAGAUGAUCUAUUUGGAAGUGCUCCCCAGGUGCAAAGGGAUCUAGGUUGCACAAAUGCGUUGGCUUUUGACAUCACUGCUGCUUGUAGUGGAUUUGUGUUGGGGCUUGUAACAGCCACACGUUUUAUAAAAGGUGGUGGCUUCGACAAUAUUUUGGUGAUUGGAGCAGAUGCUCUUUCUAGAUAUGUUGAUUGGACUGACCGUGGCACUUGCAUUUUGUUUGGAGAUGCGGCAGGUGCUGUGUUAUUGCAGGCAGCUGAUGGACAUGAGGAUGGUUUGCUUGGGUUUGAUCUGCACAGUGAUGGGCAUGGCCAAAAGCACUUGAGUGUGGCUGUCAAGGGAAGUGGUGCAGUGAAGGAUGCAAGUAGUUCAAAUGGUGCAGCACUUGUGCCCCCAAGCAAUUCAUCUUAUUCUUGUAUUCAAAUGAAUGGAAAAGAGGUCUUCCGUUUUGCGGUACGUUGUGUGCCACAGACAAUUGAAGCAGCUAUGGAAGAAGCUGGAUUGACUGCAUCACAUUUAGAUUGGUUACUGCUCCAUCAGGCAAACCAAAGGAUUAUUUCAGCUGUAUCUGAACGGCUGCAUAUUGAACCUGAUCGUGUAAUUUCAAAUUUAGCUGAUUAUGGUAACACAAGUGCUGCAUCUAUUCCUUUGGCUCUUGAUGAAGCUGUUCGAAGUGGAAAAGUGCAAAGUGGUCAUAUCGUGGCAACUGCAGGUUUUGGAGCUGGACUUACAUGGGGUUCCGCCAUUGUAAGAUGGGGUUAAGUGCAUAGCAAUCAAUCGAAAGAAAGGUGAACUUAGACAUGAGUUUUAUUUCACACAGAAAUUCAAAUUAUACGAGUCAAAUCAUUGAUGCUGAGAGGAAACUUUGUGCAUGCCCAGCAUCGUUUCCUCUACUAUUCCUUUGCAAUUCUUUUCAAGUUCAUGUAUACGAGGGCUUGGGGUUUUUUUUCUUUUUAUUUCUAUUUUUGUAUUCGAUGAGGGAUGGAGAUUUAGCAAUGUAAUAGAGUACUGCUAGAAAUUUUUUCUGGGCAGUGUUCUAGACUUGAUAGAUACUAACUUUAACAUCAACAUCAAUUAAUGCAGGCUUUACUUCAAAGCCUGUGGCAUGACAAUUUAAGGAUAAUAUUUGUGUACAGAGAAAAGGUAAAGCAGCCCAUUUUGUGCCCUUUACUCAGAGUGACUUAGGCAACCUAUUGCAUGCUUCUAAAAGAUGAUCAUUUAAGGCCUUGCGAAAUGAUAUUUUGGUUGUAGUCGAAGAAGAUUGGGGGGUUGUCAUAUUAUCCUGGACCUGAAUGACUUACACGCAGUUAAGCAAUUUUAAAUAAUUCGUACUUGAUUAUCCACAA